ACGAAAGUGAUAAAAUAAGCAAACAUGGGUUCCAAAGAAAACCAGGUACUUACACUUACACCAACACUUAGUGAAGAGGAUGAGGCAUGCCUCCAGGCCAUGCUAUUCUCCAGUACACAACUAUUUCCUUGGGUCCUAAAUGCAGCCAUUGAGCUUAACCUGUUUGGGAUCAUUGCUGAAGCAGGCCCGGCUGCUUGCAUGACACCUUCUGAAAUUGCUUCUCAGCUUCCAACACAUGACUCCGACGCGCCUUCUAGGUUGGAUCGCAUGUUGCGCCUCCUUGCUAGUCACUCCGUCUUGACAUGCUCUAUCCGCACCCUUGAAGAUGGUAAGGUCGAGAGACUCUAUGGACUCACACCGGCAUGUCACUUCUUUUUGAGAAAAGAGGAUGGAUGUUCUUUGGUUUCCUUUUCAGCUUUCACUUCUCAACGAGCCAUGCGGGAGGUCUGCGUGCAUAUGAAGGAUGCCAUUCUUGAAGGUGGAAAUCAAUUUAAGAAAGUGCAUGGAAUGCCCAUAUUCCAGUAUAUGGGCAUGGAUCCAACUUUCAAUGAGGUAUUCAAUAAGGGAAUGGCUGAUCUCUCCACAAUAAUCAUGAAAAAAAUUCUUGAGGUGUAUCAAGGAUUCGAGGGGCUAACAUCAUUGGUUGAUGUUGGUGGUGGAACUGGGAAAUGCUUGAGUAUGAUCACUUCCAAGAACGCUUCCAUUAAAGGCAUUAACUUUGAUUUGCCUUAUGUGACACAAUGUGCACCAUCUUAUCCCGGUGUUGAGCAUGUCGGAGGAGAUAUGUUUCAAAAUGUACCUAAAGGGGAUGCCAUUAUGAUUAAGAAUAUACUCCAUGACUGGAGUGAUGAGAAUUGCAUGAAACUUUUGAGGAAUUGCUAUGAAGCACUUCCAAAUAAUGGGAAGGUAGUUAUUAUUGAACUACUCAUGCCAGAAGCACCAGAAUCAAGUAAGGCUUCUCAAUAUGUGUCUAGACUUGACAAUGCCAUGUUGUUAAACCUUGAAGGGCAAGAGAGAACUAAGAAAGAAUUUGAGACUUUGUGCAAGGGAUCUGGAUUUUCAAACUUUCAGAUUGUUUGUUGUGCAUGCACUCUUUGGGCAGUAAUGGAAUUCCAUAAAUAAUUAUGCACUCUUUAGCUUAAUUUGUUGCGCUUAUGCUUUUAUUUGUAUUGUAUUGUACCUCUUUCCACUCAUCUCAUAUAGAUGUUUGUUGUGUGUGUAAUCUUUGGAUAAUUAUGGAGUUCCAUAAAUAAAUAUACACUUUAAACUCUA